AUGCGUCCUAUCCUUGUCUUUUUUCUUCCUGCGGUUAUCAUCUUUAUCUUCACUGUCAUUAACGCUCACGCGUUGAUGGCCAUCAAGAACGAAAAGGCCUGCGAGGCCCGCCGUGACAAGGACAGAGCGGCUGUCCUGCCCAAUGAGCGCGGACGUAUCCUCCUGCAACGUGCCUCAGACUGGCACAAGGCAGUUGAAAAUGCGAAGGAUGACGCCGUUGGCGCAGGCGACUUCCUUGAAGACAAAGCCCGCAAGGGAGAACGCAAGAAAACCAAAGCCGUCAAAAAUGGGGCGAAAAAGGGCGAAAAGUUUAUCGACAACGCCGAGAAGAAGGCCGGAGACGUCUCCAAACAGUGGCAGCGUAGUGCAGAGGGCGUCCGCAUCAAGACCCGCUUCCGAAAGCUCAAGCGCGCCCAGCGUUUUGAGGCUGCGAAGUGCAAGCCUCUUCAGCGUGAUGGAACGUGGCAGCAUGGAGACAACUCCGAGUCUCUGUCCGUGGACCAGAUGAGGUGCCUUGGCAUUUUACCUCAGAAUCCCACCCAUGUCGACCACAUCCAGGAAUUCUACGCCCCCAAGGUCGUCGACAUUCCCCGCAAGCUCGUGACGACACUCAACAAGCGCAACCCCCCUCCGAACAGCCAGAAUGGCAACCAGGGCAACAAUAAUCCUGCCAACAACCCCGGAAACAACCCCGGGACUAACGCCAACAACGGGAACCCCAACGCGCCCCCUCCUUGGGUAGCCCCGUUCAACCCUGACUUCGACGAUAACGAUGGCGGCCCGGGUGACUUCGACAACAACGCCGGCCCUGGCAAUGGAAACUUCAACCCGGGUGCCAACGAUCCGGGCAACCAAAACGCGAACAACAACGGCAGGCCCGGUCCUUGGCCUGCAGGUCCCAACAAUAAUAACCCGAACGACGACGAUGACAAUCCGGCCCGGGUCCACGUGAAUGCGGCGCCCAUCUGUGCUACCUACGACCGGCUACUGGUCAUGUUCCACGCGAUGAUGGUCUUCGGAUUCCCCCACGGGCCCCUUGCCGUUCACAUCCGGCUGUUUGCUUGGUGGCGUCGCUGGCGUCAUCGCCGGAGACCGCUCUGA